UCUUCGCAAAAUUAAUUACUUAGAUUUAACAACUUUCAAAAUCGAUCAUCAGCCUAAAUACUCAAAAAUCGACAUGUCUACAAUAUCCAAAUCUCUCGUCGCCUUCAGACUUCUCCCUGCUCCACAUUUGCAGCCCUCCAAAACUCAAAAUUCGACAUUCUUAUCUUCAUGCCUUCCUAUUCGUUAUGAUCAAACUCGUUUUUGGGAUAAUAAAACGAGUUUGAAACAGCAUCUCACAAGUUCAAGGAGAUUUCUCGUACGCAGUGUUAUCCAACCGGGAGCUCCACCUCCCUCCGAGCCUCCUUUCAAUUUCAUAAAAUGGAUUUUGGGCGUAGCUAUAACAGUAGUUCUACCUUUCUUCAGCGGUAAAUGGACAUCGCUUCUCAAAAUUAAAAAUGAAGUGGAGAUGGCGGUGGAGAUAGCGGAGGAAAUAGUCGAGGCAGUGGAGAAGGCCGCGGAGGGGGUGGAGAAGGCAGCCGAGAAAUUGGCGGAGGAGCUUCCCGUGGACGGAGGGCUCAGAAAAGCAGUGGAUUUUGUUGAGCAUGUGGCUGAAGUAGCUAAUAAGGAUGCUCAUAAACUUGGAGACUUUAUAGAUAAGGUUCAAGAAGUGGAGGAAAAGGUAGAGGAUUAUGUGGAGUGUGUGGUUGAGGGUGCCAUCAACCAUGGGCAUCACAAAGAAGAUAAUCAAGAAAAUGGAGCACAAAAUGAGGAAGAAGAUAGAGCCCAACUCCAAGAGCCAGCCAAAGAAGAAGAAGUUGAUGAUACAAGCAAACAUUAAUUAAUGUAAUUAUAUAUCUAAUGAAAGUGUACUGUAUAAUAAUUUAUUCUCAAGUACAAAGUGUAAAAUUACAUAUUGUACUAGAUUUCUUAUUUCUU